AUGAAUGCCCAAUUGCAAACCGCGCGGGGCAUAAAUCCAAGCGGAAAAACGAGGUUCCGUGACCUACAUGCAGGAGAAUUCACAGUUCACAAUUGUACAGCUGAUAAUUUAUGCCGUGGAUGGGCACCCUUUGAUUCUCCUGCUAGUGGAGAGAAACUUCUUGGAGCACUAGACGUUGCCUUCCUUUCAUCGUAUGCCAUAGGCAUGUUCUUCAGUGGCUAUCUCGCUGAGCACAUAGACCUAAGGUAUUUUCUGACCUUCGGCAUGAUGUUCAGUGGAUUUUUUUCCGUGCUCUUUGGUUUGGGAUUUUUCUACAAGGUUCACAACUUUGAGUAUUAUUUUUUCAUUCAGCUGUUCGCGGGAUUUUUCCAGAGUACCGGUUUUCCCACUGUAGUUGAGUGUGUAGGCAACUGGAUAGGGAAAAGGAGACGUGGUUUCAUAAUGGGAAUUUGGAAUUCUCACAAAUCUGUUGGAGCUAUCUUAGGAUCCAACAUCGCUGGCAUCUGGGCUAGUAACCAAUGGGGAUACUCGUUUCUUGUACCUGGUUGUAUCAUUGGUGGAGUGGCAAUCGUUGUGUUUUUGUUCCUCGUUGUAGAUCCUAUUGAUGUGGACUGCCCAUCUCCGCAGAGACAAUCUAAAGAGUCCUUUCCUGUUUAUGCUACAUUUAGUACGACAGUUGAUGUCAGAAAUCCAGCCCAUCAGGAUGGCUUGAUUUCGAAUGAUUCGUCACGUUCAGUUUUUUUGUCGUUUUCGUCUUCGUCAUCACUUUCGUCUCAUGAGGAACCCGAUGCUAUAAGCCUCUGGAAAGCAAUUCUUAUUCCAGGAGUGAUUGAGUACUCGUUCUCUUUGUUCUUUGCUAAACUGGUCAGUCUAACAUUCCUGUUUUGGUUGCCAUUUUACAUAGAAAACACGAAAAUUGGUGGUGAAUUUCAUGACGUACGUUUGUCUGCAGAGUUGUCCGCUUUCUUCGAUGUGGGAGGAAUGAUAGGAGGAAUCUUGGCUGGAUAUAUCUCUGACAAAACUGGCUGCAGUGGGAUUGUUGUUGCGGUUAUGUUGUUUUGUGCAGGGCCAGUGCUCUUUUUUUAUAGAUUCCUUUCAAAUUUUAACAUAACAGCGAAUAUUGGUUUGAUGAUUAUUACGGGAAUUUUGGUGAAUGGUCCUUAUUCUUUGAUAACAACGGCGGUAUCAGCCAAUUUAGGUUCACAUCCAUGUCUUAAAGGCAACAAAAAAGCAAUGGCCAUGGUAACUGCUAUCAUCAGCGGCACAGGUUCCUUGGGUGCUACCCUUGGGCCUCUCUUAACGGGUUUCAUCGCGCCUAAGGGAUGGAACAACGUAUUUUUUAUGCUCAUUGGUGCUGACGUUCUAGCGGCCGUUCUUCUCGUCAGACAAGUGUGGUUUGAAUUAAGCCAGCAUUGUUUUCAAAGCAGAAGAAAGCGAGAAUGUUUGCCAUAUUUGGAGUCUAGCAAGGUGAAUUCGAUUAAUUGGAAGAAACCAAGCGAAAACAGCAAAGUUAGCGAUAAGAGUACUGGAAGCGAAGAAGAACCACUUUUAUACAUCGACUAACAUGCCAGAGCAAAAUAAUCGUAAUUGUACAUGUUUUUUGAGUAACUAAGCUGGAAAAAGAGGGAAUUACAACGAAGCAAUAGAACAAUCAGAGCUUAGAGUAGUACAUGUGGCUGCUGUCAUCGGAGGAAAUGACUGCUUGCUCACAUUAGUAAAGACCCUCUAGGUUCUGAUCGGUUGCUUCACCAAAGAAUAUUCGUUUACACCGUAGAGUCAACGGCCAACUGUAAUGGUUUACUAUUUUAUACAAAGAGAGAAAAUAAUAAAGAGAACAUGAUUUGAACUGUUGGCAUUAGGAAGAAUGAAAGUUUUGAUGGCAUGGAAAGUGAAGUUUUUUAUCCUAUAAAAAUCAUGAAUCGUAUUUGUUUAUUGGCAGUAGGUAGUUGCAGGGGAUAAGAAAUCUGGUGCAAGCUGUUUCUCUUUUAGAUGGAGUCCUUCAUAAGCCCAUGGCACUUCACUUGUUCGCAGUUUUAUAAAUUUUGACUUCGUCUUCUCUCCUACAAACAUGAAGCAAAAUUCACUUAGAAAUCAUUAGUCGUUGCUAUAAUUUGAUGUCAAAUCGAUACCAUAUAUUAUCAUUUGAAUCAUUUUUUUUAAACUAGAACUUUCAUGUAUCUUCAAAACUUGGAGCUAUUAGUUACGUACAUUUCACAAAGAUUUGGUAAUAUCAUAGUAUAUCUGAGGAAAUAUUGUAGAAAAAGAAAAUAGCUGUUUUAGAGAUGAAUAUGUAACAUAGUCUAUAGAAAAGUUUUAGCAAAAUUAAAACUUAAGUCAUCUAGACUCCGCACAUUUAUUGUAGAGAGAACAGAUACCGUUGCUGUUUCAGCUGUAUAUCGAUGUACUUCAGAGCAAUUUUUUUUACAAAAAUUGCUCCGAAAUACAUCUAUGUAACGUUGAAAAUUUAUUGCAUUAUCAGUUGAAAAUAGUAUAGUCAUAUAUUAGCUAUUUGCAAUAGUUUAAUCGAGUAAUUCAACGGGUUUGAAAAUGGAGGGGUGCAAAUGGGUUGUACAUUUAUGUGAUUAUGGGAGAUAAGACACGUUUACUUGGACUGUUAAAUAUUAACCAAUCAAUAAGCAUAUUUCUGCUCUGAAGUACAUCUACCCUAACUUCAAAUUCAGUGUAACUGAUGUGCCGUCGUCCUUUAAGGGCGAAUAGACAAAUGAUGUAGUCACGUUCUUCAAUGCGCAGUAGUUUCUGAUUAACACAAAGAUGACUCGAGAUAUCUUUUAUUAUAAAUAAGAUAGAUUAGAGAAGUAAUACAACACAACUAUAAUGACGUUUAAUACUUUUAGAUCAAGAUUUCGAGAUGGGAUUGUUUUGAGGUAGCUUCAUUAAAGAAAAAUGGGAAUUUGAAAUUCA